UUGGCAUAUCUAUGGGCUUUCUCUAGAACAGAGAAGCAACAGAAUUCAAGAGAAGGAAAUGAAGAGAUAGAUGGAGAAGCCACGGAAACAAUCCGAAACCCAUAUCAAUCUCAAGAAUCUUCCUCCCAUUGAUCCACUCACCAAGACCCAAUCCCAGGUUAAGAAAAUCACCACAGCAACCAGAUAUGUGCCCAGAGGUGCCAAGCCAGGACCCCUGGAAGAGAGACCCAGGUCAGCAAAAUUAUUUUAUCAGCAGGCAAACACAGAAUCAGAUUCGGUAGCUGAUAAAAAUUUAUUACCCAAUAAGCAUAAUCCCAGAGAUGAUGAAGAUGAUGCUUCUGAUUGCUGUGUCAAGCACAUAACAGACUCUAAUUACAUUAACUUCAAGACUCAGACUCAGACCAAAGAGGAUUUUGAGAUCAGUAGGGAUGAUAGAGCCUUCCAUAAUCACUCAGGUGAAGCAAAUAAAACAUCAGCAAAAUCACAAUUGUAUGAGAUUUGUGCAGCCAACAGUUGGAAACCUCCUUUAUUUGAAUGCUGCAAAGAGGAAGGACCUUCCCACCAGAGAUUGUUCACAUUUAAGGUUUCAGUGGAGAUUGAAAGGGCAGGUGCAGGAUCUAUCUUGGAGGGUUUUGGUGGCCCUAGGCCGCAAAAGAAGAUUGCAGCAGAGCAUGCAGCUGAAGGGGCAUUAUGGUACUUGAAGCAUCUUUGUUCCUAUUUUCCAAUAAGAAACGUUGGAGAAAAGAAAAAUAAAUAAUUUAUAAUUCCAAUCUUGUUUAUUAAUUUCUA